AUGUUAUUUAUAGUUUUAGGCUUCAUACUAGCAAGAGUUAUAUACUGGAUCUUUUACCGAGUAUCUUUCAGAGUUGUAAGAAAUUCUACACCAAUAUAUGGGGAUAAGAAAAAAGGGAAAGUAAAAAUAAUGACAGUUCUGGGUUCUGGAGGCCACACAACAGAACUUUUAAUGCUUUUAAAAGACCUCAAUAUAAAGGAUAGCAUAAAAUUAGUAUGUAUAAUUGCUAAAACUGAUCACUUAAGUAGAAAAAAGACAAUAUACGUAUAUUCUAGGGAACUGGGACUAAGUGAAGAACAAACAGAAAAUUUGAUAGAUUUUGUUGAUAUCUCAAGAAGUAGAGAAGUGGGACAAAGUUAUUUAACUUCAGUAUUUUCAUCAAUAAAGGCUUUAUCUGAGUCAGUUCGUGUAGUAUUUUCAGAAAAGCCAGAUUUAUUAAUAGUAAAUGGCCCAGGUACAUGUAUUCCAAUAUGUUAUAGUGCAUUGUUAUUAGAGGUGAGUGAUUCCUUCUGA